AAUCGUACGUCACACUGAAAUAGUCUCAAAGUAAAAGUCUAGUCCACCCACGGCGUAUUCCAGACACGUCCCAUGAAGUUCUCUCCUUUCGCCUCGUCCUCGUCGUCUCAGAAAAUUCCUCUCUUUCCCUUUCCUCCUCCAUCUUUUACAUGAAUAGGAUGUCAGAUCCUGCAACAGGACCUUCAUCUCCGUCUUCUCCUCUCAUACCUCCUUCGAUCGUCCCCGAACCGGGCGAGAUCGACCUCGAAGCGGGCCCUGGUGAACAAAUCCAGUGCAGAAUCUGCCUCGAAACCGACGGUAGGGACUUUAUUGCUCCUUGCAAAUGCAAAGGAACGUCGAAAUAUGUUCACCGUGCAUGUUUGGAUCAUUGGCGAGCCGUAAAGGAAGGUUUUGCCUUUGCUCAUUGUACUACCUGCAAGGCUCCUUACCACUUGAGAGUGCAUGCUUUUGCUGAUAGGAAGUGGCGUACCUUGAAGUUUCGUUUCUUUGUGACUAGAGAUAUACUAUUUAUCUUUGUGGCUGUUCAACUUGUAAUUGCAUUAUUGGCAUAUGCAGUGUAUUUGGUUGACAGUUUUUGGCAUUACUGGCUGCGGUUGGCUUGGGGUUUUGAAAGUGAACUUAGUUUCUACUACAUAUGUGGAGCGCUAUUGUUUUUUGCUUUAUUGGGAUUGUCUGGUUGCUUCAUAACUUGUUACGAUCGGCGAGUCCGCAGCGAUCUAGCUCAACCAUGCCGAGAAUUAUGUCUUUGUUGCUGCCAACCUGGAAUGUGUGCUGAUUGCCAUCUGCCUGGCACUCUCUGUAUGUGGACCGACUGUACUACAUGCUUUGAAAGCUGUGCAAGUGCAGCAGGUGAAUGUGGUUGCUUGGGAGGAGCUGGUGAAGCUGGACUACCAUUACUACUUAUCAUGGGUUUGAUCUUACUCGGACUAUUCACGGUUAUUGGCAUAUUCUACAGUGUACUCGUGGCUACCAUGGUUGGCCAGCGGAUUUGGCAGCGGCAUUAUCAUAUACUAGCAAAAAGGAUGCUAACAAAAGUGAGUCAGUGCUGCUUUAUAUUCGAGUAUGUCGUGGAGGAUGUCGAUGGCGAGAUGACAGGAUCAGAUUGGUCGCCUCCACCUCUUCCACCUGAGCAUGUUCAGCAGCUGAAGUCACUUGGGCUGCUUUAGUUCAAAGCCUCCAUGCUCAUUAUGUGGUCUAGAUGAAGUAAUCAUUGUGCCGAUCUCCCGAUAAGAUGUGAGGAAAGUGACAGCCACCAUCAUUCUCUCUCAGAAUGGCGGGGAAAGAAAAACACAGAAAGAAGUGUUUGUUAUUAUCAUAGUGCCCAUACGCACCGACAUGAGCGGCCUUCCAUGCAAGGUCAGUUUCACAAGUUGGGCUCUUGUUACAUUACAAAUUAUUAUAGAUGUAAGGAGUGUUUUACAAAUUUUUUAAGUUUUUCUUUGAAAUAUGGGAUGGAAUGUUAUAUGUUUUCUCAGAGCUUCUAAUGCCUCGUGUUUGGUAUAUCCAUGACAUUUGAUAA